CUCACACUGUCGACAAAUAUGUGCAACAAACGAAGAUUGUUUUGCUUUCGUACAUAACAACAACACAGAUUUUUGUGCAGUGACCGACCAGCGAGUUUUGUUUUUAAUUUUUUGCAAUGACUGUAUGGCUGGCAGGAAAAAAGGAUGUGAAACGUCUGCUGUCCAAACAACAGAAAUAGCAAUGUCAACAUUGGUCACAACAUCAACAACAACACCAUCACCAACGACAUCAAUAACAGCAGCAGCAGCAAAAAUAGCGGGAGUAUCAUCAACAUCACCAACAUCUGAGACAACAGCAGUAAUAACAACUUCAAAAGCAACAGCACUAACAGCAACAGCAGCAACAACCUCAUUCGCUGGCAAAAUGUGUACAUGCACUUGUAUUGAGACAAAUAACAACCAUGUCUAAAUCAAUUCAGGAGCGUAGAUCAUUACUUCACCUUAGGAAAAAAGAACUGUCCUCAGCCAAAAGAAAGCUUAUCUCAGCAACUGACCAGAGACAAUCUUCAAAAAGAAUCUGUUAUGCUGGCAUCUUUGCCUUAAGUUUUACUUUUGGAGGAAUUGUAUUUUUUGAUUAUUUGAACUUGUUUUGGUAUUUGAAGAGAAAAUGAUUCUAAUUCAGAAUGAUUAAAUAUGGUCCAAAACUUAAGCAUUCAUUUUUUGAACGCACAUCAAACGCAUAUCGAUUCUCUGUCAAAUAAUGGUAAAUAUUAUGUCAAUAGGAGCUGAAGCUGUUGCAAUGGCUCUUCAAUUAAUUGUAACUUAUCAGAAGAAAAAUUCAGGAAUUUUGAAAUAUACGAAUUCGCAUU